AUGGACCCAUUGUCGCUCACAGCAAACCUCGCCGCCGUCAUCGGCCUCAUCGACACAAUAUGUCGUAUUGGCAAAGAGACAUACCAGCUCAUUGCGGCUGUGAAGAAUGUCCCCGCAGAAAUCCAGCAGCUGCAGGUGGAGAUGCACGAGGUGGAAUUCCUACUCGCGAAUGUCCAUCGCUACUGUGAUGAGUACCAGGGCAGAUUGCCCUCAAUGAGCUUGCAGAAGACCUCACCGGUUAUACAUAUCUACUCGACGCUCAAAUCCCUGGAGAAAGAGCAGAAGCUGAAGAUGGUGGGCGGAAGGGUCAAAUUGGUGCUUGGAGGGAAGUUGGAGCGUUCGUUUCAGAAUCUGGAUAGAUGCAAGAGGCAAUUGAGCAUGAACCUGCAGGUAUUGGGAAGUUUCAAUGACCUUGCUGUUCACAAUCGAUUGGAUAGCAUCCAUGAUGCUGUGUCGAUCAUCAAAGACGGCAGCCAGAAACUGCCUCUCUCGGGUAUUGACGACAGACCUCCUGCUUGGUCAGAGAAAGGUCAAGCCGCGUCUGACUUUUCCCAGUCUCUCGAGGCUAUCGACUCGCUCAUGGCACAGCUUACAGCUAUGAAAAUAACCAUUGAAAAGCAGAAUGAGCAAUGCGACGUUUCCAUGGACAGCUGGGACAACUUCGAAGAUGUUAAACGCGCCGCUCUGCCUCUGAUGUUACUUCAAUCCAAGGUUCGAGACGCAUUACAGUUGUUGACGACUCCGCAACCCGGACAUGAAAAGCUGUCCAAUAUAGAUGUGCAAUGGGUUCGAGCUGAGCUGGAGAGUCUGCUUGCGAGUAGCCACGAGAAAGCCGCUGUCAUCAUCAAGGCGAAUUCACGGAAAAGUGACAAUGUCACCCGUGAUUGUAGGCGACAUAUCGCAGGCAGUACCCUUAACAAACAAAGGAACAGAUUGCAACCGACUCCACAGAUCGUAUCGUCGCAGUUUGUCCUUCAAGAUUCUCCCGCAGGCAAAGUCUCCAUCCGGGUCCAGUGGACCAAAGAUGCUGACUCGAAAUCCGCGCGUGCAUCCGACAUUCUUCUUCUCCUUGCCCCCAAUCCACAGGUGGCUGAGGAUGGACUUUUAGUUUCACUUUCGAGGCUUCAUGACGGAUUGAGCAAGCCUACAAUCACCCGGCAUGUCUCGUCUUACGCGAUCGUCGAGACAACAUCACCUGUAUUUGCAUGUGUCGAGACCAAUGACAUACAUUCAUUGCGGCUACUUCUGAAGAGCAGGGAUUUUUCGCCCACCGUGCGAAAUACGGAAAAUGAGAGUCUCUUAUCUUACGCUGCACGACUCCUCCGGUUCGAGAUAUGUGACCUCCUUCUCAAUGAAGGAGCGGAUCCCAACCAUUGCCGCAGUGAUGGAGCAAACGCGAUCUACGACGUACGAAAUGCCUUUUGGUACCGAGCAACCAACUAUACCAUUCACAAAUCGACCCUCCACCGUAUUCUCCGUCUAUUCAUCUCCGCCGGCUGCGACAUCAACUCCGUCGCUCUCGGCGGCAGCCCCCUCCACUUCACCGUCAGCCAUACCCUCCCCGGCUCCGAGCUCAUCAAUGAGGACGAGAUUGCCGCCUUGAUCAACUUGCUAGUCUGCAGUGGCUGUGACAUCGAGCACGAGAACGCCGACGGCCUCACCCCACUCCUGUACAACGCCUGCAUUCCACGAUGGCACGGGGUCGUGGUCCUCCGGGAACUUCUCCAAUGGGGCGCGAACCCGCACGCAACGUCCAACCUCGGCGAGGGCGCGCUGCAUCUGGCCAUGGCGUUUUCAGGACCUGAAUCCGUGCAUGGCCAGUUGGAGGGGGAUUCGUUGGAGACAAGGCUCGGGAUCCUGCUGCAGGCGGGGUGUGAUCCAAAUCUGCGAGAUGAGUACGGACACAGUCCGUCGGACUUUGCGUUGAGUUCUCCACGGAUUUGGUUCCAGUGGUGCUUAGCUGUGGAGAGGGUUGGGCUGUCCAUGAAGGAUGUUUUGGGCACGGAGGGUGUCUCUGAAAACGCCCGGCCGGUGCAAGGCUCUGCAUCCGCGGAUUCAGAUUGGGAGUCCUGCAGCGGCAGUGAAGACGAGGACGGGAGCCAAGGGAGCACGAGCUCAGAUGCUUGCUCGGAUCCAGGACACAUCUUCCUGUGCUGGAACGGGUUCUUUCCAUGGAGUGUUCCGCCGCGUUGCGGAGAUUGUGGCCGGGUCUGCGAACUGGAUGAUAUCAAGCGGAGGAAAUGGGACGCUUGGAUGGUCUUUCAGGGAUUGAGGACAAGAUUCAUGGGGACCACUGUAGAGGUAUAA